AUGGCGGAAAUUCACGAUAUCACCGGGCUCCUCAAGCCCUACCUCUCCGGCACGAACCUCGUCUGGACGCUCCUCCUCGUCGGCUACAUCAUCCCCAAGCUAUUUCAGUACCUGCAGCGACUCUUCUCCCCGGUGUCACGCAUUCCCGGCUCAUGGCUCCACAAACUCACUUCCUUGCCUCUCAAAAUCGCAAUCGCCAAGGGUGAAAGCCAUAUCUUCACCGUCGACCUACACAAGAAGUACGGCCCCAUCGUCACCCUCUCCCCAACCAUGAUCUCCAUCUCCGACGCCCGCGAGAUCAAACGCAUCGUCCACACAGAGGACUGGGCCAAAUCGGAAGCCGUGUACGGCAACUUCCGGCAGGACCCGCAGCGGCCAACCCUCCUAGCCUUCACCGACAAGAAGGCCUACAGCCAGCGCAAACGGCUCGUCUCGAGCAUGUUCGGCUUGCGUUACAUCCGCAGCAUGCAGCCACUGAUGCGCAACUGCAUUUCCGUGCUGAUGGACGAGCUCGACAAACAGUGUGCAAACGGAGCCACCGCCGUGGACAUGCAGCAUAUGAUCCAGUCGCUGGCGGCGGACAUCAUUGGCGUGACGACGUUCGGGCAGACCUUCGACCUGGUCAAGAACGGCUCGCAUCCGCUGCCGGACCGGCUGAAGCAGGCGCUCAAACUGUCGGGCAUCCUGCAGUUCAUGCCGUGGCUCACCAAGAUCCCCUUCAUCCCGAACCGCGAUCCCUACGUCAGCUGGUUCACCAACGAGAUCGUUGCGAAGCGCCGCGCGCAGAUCGCCAGCCGCCAGGGCCCGCCCCGCGAGGACCUGCUCCAAAAAAUGAUUGAAGCGGCGGACGAGAGCCCCACCUCGCCGUUCCGGGUCUCCGACAUCCAGGACGAGAGCGUCGUGCUGCUCAUCGCCGGCAGCGAGACCACCGCCAACGCAGAGCUGUUCACCCUCAUCCACCUCCUGCGCCACCCGAGUAAGCUUGCCACUCUCUAUGAAGAGAUCGACCGCUGGUAUCCCCGCAACGACCCGCGUCCCACGGACUGCGACUACAGCAUGUCCGGCAUGGUCUACCUGCAGGCGUGCAUCGACGAGACCAUGCGCUUGGUACCCGGUCAGGCGACGGGGAGUCCGCGCGAGUCGCGCAAGGACGAGACUCUGCUAGGGUAUGACAUCCCUAAGGGCACGACGGUCUUCCCCACGACGCAGGAGGUGCAUCUGGACGAGACUCUGUGGCCGAACGCGACCGAGUUCCUCCCCGAGCGCUGGCUGGACGUCUACGCUAAGGGUGAGGCCAACAGCCUCCCCUACUACCCGUUCUCGGCGGGCAGUCGCGUCUGCAUCGGGAAACACUUCGCCGCGCAGGAGAUGCAUCUCUCGCUGGUGUCGCUGCUCCGGCGCUUUCAAUUCGAGUAUGUGUCGGGCCAGGAUGAGUCGACCGUGUUUCGGAUUGCGCAGCAGAUGCGUGGGCACAGAUAUCUCAUGACCGUGGGGAGGAGGUAG